GCAAGAACAAAAACUUUUUAUCAUACUACUACUUGCUUUCUAUCUUUAUCCCUUCACAAAUAAAUCUCUUACCAUUGGUAAAUAUUUAACAUAAAGGAAUUUAAUUUCCAUAUAUUUGCAAUUCAUGAAAAAUUCUAAUUGCUUGUGAACCAAAAUAAAAAAGAAAAGGAACGAAAAAGAAAGACACAUACCGUACAUCACACUUGUUCCCGCCAAAUUAAGGAAGAAAACAUCACAUUUUCCCGCCAAAACCAAAAACCCCUACUCCCUCAUCUGAAAACCCCGCCCUUCCUCCCGUCAACCACCAUUUCCAAAACUCCCUCUUUCUCUCUCCUCUCUCUUCUUUCUCUCUCCUCCCAUCUCUCUCAUCGGCCAUUGUUGCGCUUUCAAUGGAUAUCAGUGAAGAAACAUUUGCAGCUCACAAGCGCACCUUUCUCGACUUCUUAGAUCACGACGUGGGUCAUGGAAUCUACAUGGAUACCAUCCGGAAAAUGAUUACGAACAAGCAGCGCCGCCGCGUAAUCGUCAACCUCUCUGACCUUCAUGACUACAAUUCCGACUUAGCUCGCAGGUUGUUGAGGAAUCCUACUGAGUACAUUCAACCGUUUUGUGACGCGGUGACGGAAGUUACUCGGAGUAUUGAUCCUAAGUUUUUGAAGGAAGGCGAGCAAGUUGUUGUAGGUUUUGAUGGCCCAUUUGUUUCUAGAAGGGUUACUCCUAGAGAUCUUCUGUCCCAGUUCAUUGGUUCUAUGGUUUGUGUCGAAGGAAUCGUUACGAAAUGUUCUCUUGUGAGACCUAAGGUUGUAAAAAGUGUUCAUUUCUGCCCCUCAACUGGCAGAUUCACUUCCAGAGAGUAUCGAGAUAUUACAUCUUCUACAGGCUUGCCUACUGGUUCUGUCUAUCCUACCCGGGAUGAGAAUGGAAACCUACUGGUGACUGAAUAUGGAUUGUGUAAAUACAAAGAUCAUCAAACUUUAUCAAUGCAAGAAGUGCCUGAAAAAUCUGCCCCUGGCCAGCUUCCAAGAACUAUAGAUGUCAUAGUUGAGGAUGACCUUGUUGAUGCAUGCAAACCUGGAGACCGUGUUGCAAUAGUUGGGGUCUACAAAGCUCUACCUGGAAAAAAUAAGGGUAGUGUGAAUGGAGUUUUCAGGACAAUUCUCAUAGCUAAUAAUGUGACCCUGCUGAAUAAAGAGGCAAAUGCACCCAUUUAUUCCCCUGAAGACCUGAAGAACAUUAAGAAUAUAGCUGAUAGGCAAGAUAUAUUUGAUCUGCUUGGCAAUUCCCUUGCACCAUCUAUUUAUGGACACUUGUGGAUUAAGAAGGCAGUUAUAUUACUAAUGCUUGGUGGGACUGAGAAGAAUUUGAAGAAUGGAACUCACUUAAGAGGUGACAUAAACAUGAUGAUGGUUGGUGAUCCUUCUGUUGCUAAGUCCCAACUGCUAAGAGCAAUCAUGAAUAUUGCACCGUUGGCCAUUUCAACAACUGGUCGGGGCUCCUCAGGUGUUGGUCUGACAGCAGCUGUGACUUCUGACCAGGAAACAGGAGAAAGAAGGCUAGAGGCUGGAGCCAUGGUUCUUGCUGAUCGUGGUGUCAUAUGCAUUGAUGAGUUUGACAAGAUGAAUGACCUAGAUCGUGUUGCUAUACAUGAAGUUAUGGAACAGCAGACAGUCACCAUUGCAAAGGCUGGUAUCCAUGCAUCCCUAAAUGCUCGAUGCAGUGUUGUGGCUGCUGCAAAUCCUAUCUAUGGAACUUAUGAUCGAUCAUUGACUCCCACCAAGAAUAUUGGAUUGCCUGACUCUUUACUUUCUCGUUUUGAUCUGCUAUUUAUUGUGUUGGACCAAAUGGAUCCCGAGAUAGAUGGUUAUAUUUCUGAGCAUGUCUUGCGUAUGCAUCGUUACCGCUCCCAACUGGAUGGAGGAGACGGGACACUUGAUAAUUCACAAUAUGGGGAAGAAGAAGAGGUAGAUGCUGGUUCAUCUGUCUAUGUCAAGUUUAAUAGAAUGCUGCAUGGAAAGAAGGCUCAGAGGGGGAGGAAGCAAGAGACUUUAACAAUUAAUUUUCUUAAGAAAUACAUUCAUUAUGCAAAGCACAGAGUCCAGCCAGAGCUGAGUGACGAGGCAUCUGAAAAUAUCGCAACUGCAUAUGCAGAGCUUAGAAAUGCUAACUCAAAUGCUAAGGGUGGGGGUGGAACUCUGCCUAUCACUGCCAGAACACUUGAAACAAUUAUACGACUUUCAACUGCACAUGCUAAGCUGAAAUUGAGCAGAACGGUUUUAAAAUCUGAUGUUGAAGCUGCUCUUAAAGUUCUUAACUUUGCCAUAUAUCAUAAAGAAUUGACUGAGAUGGAUGAACGUGAGCAAGGAAGGGAGAGAGAAAUGGAAAGGAAGCGCCAAGCUGAUCGUGAUGCUAACAACAAUGAACGAGUUCAGCGUCAUCGUCGCAAUGAUAGGUCUGGCCAAGGGGAUGAAGCUGCCACAGAAGGUGAAGCAACCGAAGCUAUGGAAGUUGAUGAGCCACCAGCAGACCAGUCAGCAAUCAACAUAUCUCCUGAGAGGGUGGAAGCAUUUAAUUCUAUUUUUGGUCAGCACAUGCGAGCAAACUAUUUGGAUGUGAUAACUAUUGCAGAUAUUGACAGGGUAAUCAAUGAAGAGGCAGCUACUAGCUACUCAAGGGCAGAGAUAAUGUUUCUUUUAGAGAGAUUACAAACGGAUAACAGACUGAUGAUUAUGGCUGACAUGACAGUGCGCAUGAUGUAGAAUUUUCUGUCAGGAAAGCAUCAAUGCUUUCAAUUUUAAAAAAUGACGGAGAUUGAAUCAUUCAAGCAGCAUAUUUGAUGUAACAAAAAGUACAAGUUUGCAUUAUUUUAUGUAAUGAUGAUGAGGCAGGUGGAUGUAAACCGAAACUUUGUAGUUUUUAGUGUCACCAUGUUGUGUAUCUAUAAUUUAUAUGAAAUUGGAUGCAGCUUGGUGAUUUUAGAUAGCUUUCAGAUUGUGUUUGUUGUAAAUGGUUUGUACCUUGCCUAAAUCUUAAGCUAAUUAGAUUUGUUGGUUAGGACUCUACUGUUAUUAUGCUGCUUAGAUGUCAGUGCAGAUGAGCUAAUUUCUUAGGCGAGGCAUACUUACAAUAACCAUUUGCAAAUCAUUCAAAUUAAUUCCAAAAAAAAUAUUGAGUUCUCUUAAUUUAGAGAUGUCA